GUUGUGAUUCUGGUCAUGCUGCUUGUUAUGAAUGCAGUGUUAGUUGGUAGGAGGUUUAGCAUGGAGUUCCGGCUUGUCUUCUGGCUGAUCAAUGGGCUGAUAUUCGUAACGUUCAUCUCCAUCCUCGUAACCUUAAGAGCAAUCACCCACACGACAGCUCUCGAUAUCUUCGUCUGCAUCCUUGCUUUCAUGCCGAUUGGAUGGGCCCUGCUUCUGAUUGCCCAAGCAAUCAAGCAUGUCAUCGAGAUGGUUGGGCUAUGGGGAUUGGUAAAGGCCUGGGGCUAUGAGAUCCUCAUGGGGGUCCUCUUGUUCACGCCCAUCACGUUCCUGGCAAGGUUCCGAUUCGUGUUCGAGUGCACCCAGAACAAGGAGUAGGUAGAUCGGCGUGAUGGAGUUCCACUAAGUCAUGGCAUCUGGAUACACCAAGUCAUGGCAUUUGGAUCGACCAAGUCAUGGCAUCUGGAUCAAAGAAGUCAUGGCAUCUGGAUUAGGUUUGGCAAACAGUUUCUACAAACGGUGUGGAUUGAUCAUGCCCUCGAGUCUCGGCUCCAAUAGCCUAGUUUUGGCGUAAUUGGCGAUGAAUAGGGGAGCGAUCUGAUUUUUUCAAGAAACCAAAAGCGCUAUGUCAUGUCAUGUUCAACCUGGUGUAGCAGUGCAGGGAGGAUUUAGACAACAACAGAG